AUGAUAAAUCACACUAGUCUACAUAUCAUCACACCCAGUGCAACAACACCAACAAUUUGGAAAAUGAAACAGUCACUCACACUCGUCUUCUUAGUAGCCAUUGGUUACGCCACCGCCCACACCACAUCACGUGACUAUUCGGGUGGGUACGGUGGCGGUUGCUAUGGUAGCGAUUGUGAUAGCGGUUAUGGCGAUAGUGGAUAUGGUGGAGGCUGUACUGGCAGUGAAUGUGGCGGUGGCUAUGGUGGUGGCUAUGGUGGCGGCUAUGGUGGAGGUUGCAGUGGUGGAGAUUGUGGUAAUUACGGUGGUGGCUAUGGUGGUGAUUGCAAUGGUGGAGAUUGUGGUAAUUACGGUGGUGGCUAUGGUGGUGGUUGCAGUGGUGGCAAUUGUGGAGGUGGCUACGAUGAUGCCUUCCCUGCUCCCUAUGGCGGUGAUUAUGGUAACGGUGGCAACGGCUAUGGAAAAGGUGGUAGUAAAGGCAACAAUUAUGGAAAGGUUUAUGGAGGUGGUAGCGGUAAGGGUAAGGGUGGUGGCAAAGGUGGCAAAGGCGGCAAAGGUGGCGCUUACAAACCCAACCAUUAUGGAAGCAGUUACUGAGGCACCAGUUGAGUUGUGGAUGAUUCUAAUUUGUUUGUGUCACACUCUCCACUGUCCUAUUUUUUUUACACACCUCUCAAUUCAACUCACUGUAAUAUAGUCGUGUUUGAAUUCGAGAUGAAUAAAACCUAUUCAUUCUAAAUAGUGUUUUCCAUAUACGUUUUGUAUUGUGUGAUGAACGGACGUUAGUUUCUGUGAUGUUUCGAAGUAUUGAGAAGUACGUUGUGUUAGUAGACAAGUGAGUGCCAUGCCUCACUGUCGUGACCUCAUAAGUAAAGGAAAAUGUACAUAUCAAUUUACUGAAUAGUGCGAUUUGCGUUAGUUUGGAUUAUCAGGUUGUUGGUAUUUUAGGCUGUAAUUUGACCAGUCUUGGUUGACACAUAUACAUUGUGUGAGGAUUGCCUCGAUAUAGCCAUUAUGACACAAACUAAUAUAGGAUAGGUGAAAUGUGACUAGUAGUGGAAUUCAGGACACGCAUUUCGUUCAACUUAGGACUCGUCAGUUUGGUGGAGGCAAUCUACACAAGAUAACCAUAUACCGACCAAGACUGAUCAAAUUUCAACCAAAAUAUCAACAACAGGAUAAUCCGAACCAUUUCAAAUCGAAUUUAAUCUCACACGGUUGCAUAGGUGAGUGGAAUUGUUGACUUAAUAACUGAGUGGUUGAUGUCUUAAGCGAACGGUAAGAGGUUUGACCUGCGGAUGAACAUCAAUUCUGGAAUGAAGCUACAUUCAGCCGAUGUCCAUCCUACAUUCCAUUGUUAGUCAUUCUCCAUCUACUCCACUUCACCCGACCGUCUAGAUUGUUUAUCAGCAGAUGUGUUCAUGGCAUAUACUGUAAAUGUGGCUGAAGACCUAGUCGAAUUCGUGUUCCUUUAUAAGAGAUACGUGGAUGGUAUCAUAAUUAUCUGUGAAUGAGAGGACGAUAUCAAUUGUUUAUUGAAUAAACUGAACUUUCAUCAAAACUGCAUCAGUCUUUUAUGCGAAGAGGAGAAGAACGACCAGCUUCCUUUCUCAGAUAUACUUAUAAGUAGACGAGAAG